CCAUCUCUAGAUAAUUUUUUGCGAUUGGACGGACGCGAACCGAAAGAAAAUACAACAUUUGAUUCGGUUUGUAUGAGUAAUAAAUAAAAUGGCCGAUGUAUUAGAUAUUGACAAUGCAGAGGAGUUCGAGGUGGACGAGGACGGUGACCAGGGCAUUGUGCGCCUGAAGGAGAAAGCGAAGCACCGCAAGGGAAGAGGGUUUGGCAGCGACAGCAACACCCGGGAGGCGAUUCACAGUUAUGAGCGGGUGCGUAACGAGGACGAUGAUGAGCUGGAGCCGGGACCACAACGAUCUGUUGAGGGCUGGAUCCUGUUCGUGACCUCUAUUCACGAGGAGGCGCAGGAGGAUGAGAUCCAGGAGAAGUUCUGCGACUACGGCGAGAUUAAAAACAUCCACCUGAACCUUGACCGGCGCACUGGGUUCUCCAAGGGUUAUGCCCUCGUCGAGUACGAAACUCACAAGCAAGCGCUCGCCGCCAAGGAGGCACUGAACGGUGCCGAAAUAAUGGGACAGACCAUCCAAGUAGACUGGUGUUUUGUUAAGGGACCAAAGCGCGUAAAAAAGUCCGACAAGCGUCGCAGAUAAAUUUAUCCCGAAUACGCAAAUACCUUUUUUAAUAGUUUAAUGCAUAUGCAACCGUAAAAAGUCUAUAUGAUAAAAAAUAAAAAAGAUUACUAAACUAA